ACCUGUUGCGGCUCCCACUUACAGCGCGGCGCAGCACAGCUGUGUGUGUACGUGCUGUUAUGACAGUUUCCCAUUGAAGUCCAGACGAAGGUGCCGACACCAUGGGGCUUAUCACAGCCAGUGUCAGCCGCUUUCGGAACCGGGUACGUUCUGUUCGGAGGUGGGGUCGAGACUUCACGUCCAUUUCAGCAACUUUUCGCGAUGGCAGAGUUUUCGAGUUGAAGACAUCACUGGUCCAAUGGAAAUGUGCAGCACUUCACCAAAACAGAUUCCCGUUUGUUCGUUCACUCAACUCUGGCAAACCACCAAGAGGGUUUGAAAAGUUCUUCCCAAAGAGCGAUGGGGCCACUGGCGCCAACAAAUCAGUUGGCGAUAUAAAAAUCAAGGAGCAAGAACCUUUUAGAAAGCAGCAAGGGCAUAUGAAAAACAAGGGCAGUGAAGGACAAAGAGGUGGAAAAAAGGACAAAGAAUCAUACUGGUGGUCACGUUUUCAGGAUCAUUUUCCAUUGGAUGAAAGAGCUCUAUGGAACCUCGCAAUUGGUGCAGCUGGCAUGGCUUCGGCAUUUUUCUACUUUUACUUCGGGGAGACCGGCAUCCAAAUCUCUUGGAAGGACUUUGUGCAUCACUACCUGAGUAGAGGCGUAGUUGAUCACCUGGAAGUUGUCAAUAAACAAUAUGUCAAAGUGAUUCCCGCCCGUGGCGUUAACACAUCGGAUGUGAGUUAUUUGUGGUUCAAUAUCGGCAGCGUGGAGUCAUUUGAGCAUAAGUUGGAAGUGGCUCACCGGGAACUGAGUUUGGACUCCACUUACAAAGUACCUGUCGUCUACACCAGUGAGAGUGACGGGACGCUCUUGUAUCGUGUUUUCCCGACCUUCCUUCUGGUCAGCUUUUUGCUGCUUGCGGGACCCCGCAGGAGGAGAGGACGAGCAGACCCCUUCAGUAUGGGCCAAUCCAAAGCCAAGCUCAUCAAAGACAAUGUCGGUGUUCGCUUCAAGGAUGUUGCAGGCUGUGAGGAAGCCAAACUGGAGAUUUUGGAGUUUGUCAACUUCCUGAAGAACCCUCAGCAGUACACGGAGCUCGGAGCCAAGAUCCCUAAAGGUGCAUUAUUGUCGGGUCCACCUGGAACAGGGAAGACCUUGCUUGCUAAGGCGACUGCGGGAGAAGCCCAAGUUCCUUUCAUCACUGUCAGUGGCUCGGAGUUCCAGGAAAUAUUUGUUGGAGUGGGUGCUGCAAGGAUCCGAGACACGUUUGCCAUGGCACGAAAAAAUGCCCCCUGCAUCCUCUUCAUUGAUGAAAUUGAUGCAGUGGGAAAAAAGCGGGGCGGAGGAAACUUUGGAGACCACAGUGAACAAGAAAACACACUCAAUCAGUUACUAGUUGAAAUGCAUGGGUUCAACAGCAGCACCAAUGUGGUCGUUUUGGCCGGGACCAAUCGAGCUGAGGUCCUGGAUCCAGCACUGAUGAGGCCAGGGCGCUUUGAUCGUCACAUAUACAUUGGCCCGCCAGAUAUUAAAGGCAGAGCUUCCAUCUUUAAAGUGCAUCUGAGACCUUUAAAGUUGGAUCCAAGGAUACAAGUUGAGGCUUUCGCUCGAAAGUUAGCCGCAUUAACUCCAGGUUUUACUGGGGCUGACAUCGCCAAUGUUUGUAACGAGGCUGCUUUGAAAGCAGCACGCCAUCUAAACCAGCAUAUCAGCACUAAGCACUUUGAGCAGGCGAUCGAGAGGGUCGUUGGAGGUCUGGAGAAAAAGUCUCAGCUACUGCAACUUCCAGAGCGGACAACUGUGGCGUAUCACGAGGCCGGGCAUGCUGUCGCUGGCUGGUUCCUAGAACACGCUGACCCACUAUUGAAGGUAUCUAUUGUUCCCAGAGGAAAGGGGCUGGGUUACGCUCAGUAUCUGCCCAAGGAGCAGCACCUGUUCACACAAGAGCAGCUCUUUGACCGAAUGUGCAUGAUGCUUGGCGGUCGAGUGGCUGAACAAGUUUUCUUUCAUCGGAUCACCACGGGGGCGCACGAUGACCUUCGGAAGGUCACGCAGUCAGCUUACGCGCAGGUUGUACAGUUUGGAAUGAGUGAAGCGGUGGGACAGGUGUCUUUUGAGCUCCCUCAGCGGGGUCUCAAGGUGACUGAGAAGCCUUUCAGCGAGCCAACAGCCCAACUCAUCGACCGGGAGGUCCGUCUGCUCAUUGACUCCGCCUACCAGCGAACACUCCAGCUCGUCAUGGACAAAAAAGCAAUGGUGGAAAAGGUGGCAAAACGUCUCCUCGAGAGAGAGAUUCUAGAGAAGUCUGACAUGUUGGAGUUACUGGGGCCACGUCCUUUUCGAGAGAAAUCCACAUAUGAGGAGUUUGUGGAAAACUCGAGGGGCCUGGAGGAGAACACCUCACUACCUGAGGCCUGAAGAGCUGGAACUGGGACAAAAAACACUUGCAGAAGGAGCAAAACAAAAUCCACUGUUUAUUCGAACCAGCAUCAAGACGGACAACCAUUUGAGUUCAGGUGAACUGUCUUGGCAAGGAAAAACAGUGAUCAAUGUUUUAUUGAAAAUCCAAGCUGGAAUUUCAAGAUUGCCAUUUGUAGCCUUGUGACUUUUUUCCCCUCUUUUAACCAAGUGCAGGAAAGAAGAUAUAACGUCAUGUCAUUUUAUGGCAUCAUUUUAUAAAAUAUAUUAUUCCAAAAUCCAUAUUGCCUUAAAGUACACUUGAACACUUUCAUAGCCGGCCUUAGACUGAGCAGGAUUGUUAUACGAUCUAAUUCAGAUAUUGGUGAUGCAGUGUAAUGCCAACUGAAUUAAUUAUCUUUCUAGUAAUAUCUUCCAAUCAGGCUUUACCUUUAUUUUAUUUUUUCUUUUCUCCAAUGUCUUACCUGUAGCAUAUCAUCAUUUCUACAUUUAGGGCCUAAUUUGCUGAAGAUCCUAAAUACAGGGUGCUAAAUUGAGUGUUUGCACCAACAGAUUACAUGUGCUACGUGUGUGUUUAUGAAGAAUCUUUUACUAAGAUUCCAAAUAGCAGGCAUUAAAUUGCGUGUUCAUGGGCUACUGUACAACAGAUUACACGCUGUUGACAGCAGAUUUCAAAGUCAGUGAGACAGCCAUAUUCAAAAGAGGAUUUUGCACUUCAGGUAGCUCUGAUGGUUUUUACGACACUACAUGGAAAAUUUGGAAGUGCAAUGCAAGCACAAAAUGGAAAUAUCCACCUAUAAUGACAAAUGCAUUCCAGAAUCAUCAGAAUUUUACUGUAGUGUGGUGAUGAUAGAUGACAUUUUCUUCAAAAAGAGGAUUUCUGUUGUUUUAAAUGAAUUGAGUUUCCACACAGAGUAAACUGCAUCGCAGCUGUGCUCUAUUAAAAA